UUUUGAUAAAAAAAGUUACUAGUUUUACAGAGAAUUUAAUUUUUUAUCAAAAUUAUUAUAAUCUUCAAAAUUUGCUAAAUUUGGGCUCUUCUAACCCUCUUUCACUCAUCCCGCCAACCUUGACAUAUAAUUGCAAGAAUAAAACCGUAAGAUUGGCGUUAAGAAGAAAAAGAAGACGCCUGGGUGAAAGGGUCAGCUUAAGAUACAGAUAAUGGUAGAGAAGUCACCUAAAAGGUGGCGUAUGAUCUUAUAUGAAGAUCAAGGUUAUCCUCCUAACUAUGUAGACGAUUCUUUUUUAUACGAUUUAAGGUUUAAAGGCUUUAAAAAACUGAAGUUGAGGGACUUGCUCAGGAAUAUGCUUGUAGUGACUGAUCAUAUUAGUACAAUAAUAAUGCUCUCAAAACUAUAUUUCCUAAUGAAAAACAAUAAAAUUCAACUAUCGUUAAUUUAUGUUCUAAUAUUAAUAUCAAUAUUGGUAUUUUUAAUUUUAAUGUUACUAAACAAGGCUCCGAAAACAGAGUACAUAACUCAUUUGAGGAUGUUUUUCAUUAUGUAUUUCACCUUAGAGCUCUUUCAAGGAGUUUUACAAACUCUAAUCUCAUCAUUCAGCGAUGAUACCGUUUACUUUCUAGCACUACUAAUAUCGAUAUUUCAUGUGUUAUCGCAGAAUUAUGAUCUCGAAUCAGUGAAGCAUGAAUACAUGAGAGAGGAAGAUGUAAUUCCAAUGAAUUGCUUGCUGUUACUAUCAAUUCUACUAGCGUCAAGAUUAGAUGAUUCCAGAAUAGCUUCAGGAUUUAUACAAUUUUCAAUAAUAUCAUUUUCUCUAUUUCCGAGGAUCAAAUUAUAUAUCCAAGAUACUGGGAAUAACCUACUGAUUUAUGGAUUUACCGUUAUAAUUACAAUUACAACUUGCUUCACAUUAAAAUUUUACUAUACAGUUUUUUAUUUAGCAGGAAUCUUGUGUUUAACGGUAUUGUUGCCACUUUUGUAUAUUUGGUUUCAAAAUUUUAAAAGGGACAUUACUGGCUCUUGGGAUCCAGAUUCCAUUAAAAAAAUGAAAAAAUUAAAGAAGACGUUAUGGUGAUCAACACUUAGAUUCUUUUAGACUUUUUA